AUGGUGGGCGCACACCACCACAUCACGACGGCCUACAGCCCUUGGGCCAAUGGGACGGUUGAGGUGGUCAACCGUCUAGUCCUGCUGACGCUCAAGGCUUUGUUGAGCGAGAUGAAGUUGCGUGCGAAUGAGUGGCAUCUAGUCCUGCCUCUGGUGCAGGGCGCGUUGAACCACCAGCCCUCGGACAGGUUCGGUGGAGUUGCCCCCGUCACGGCUUUUACGGGGCUCAAGGCGAAGACGCCACUGGCCGGGUUAGUACACCCGGCCACCAAGGAAGUCAUCUGCACGGACAUGCUGGACGAUGCCCGUGUCAAGCACAUGGCGCAGCUCAAGAUUGCCUUGGAUCAGCUGCACCAUGAAGGGUUUGCCCGCAGCGACUAG